AUGGGCUGGUUUAGCAAGACGAAACCAAUGGACGACCAGUCUAAGGCUCCUUCGCGGUCCUCCAGAAAACAGUGUUGGGAGGCUCGUGACGGUUACUUUCGCUGUCUAGAUAAUAUAUCGGUUGUGAACGCUCUAGACCCUAAACACCAUGACGAUAUCAAAAAGAGCUGCCAUGGAGAGGAGGACAAGUUUGAACAAGACUGUGCCACCAGUUGGAUUAAAUACUUCAAAGAAAAGCGGGUCGUUGACUACAAGAGAGAGAAAUUCAUGAAAGAAAUGGAAAGCAAAAACGCUCAACAAAUUGAUCUUUCCGGCAUGGUAAGAAGAUGA